GUUUGCUUUUUUUUUUUUAUUUUUUCAUCUUUCCUAUUUAUCACCAAAAAGUCAACACUUUAAUAAAAGAUGCAAUCAAUUAAAUGCGUUGUAGUAGGCGAUGGUGCCGUUGGAAAAACAUGUCUACUCAUAUCUUACACAACAAAUGCUUUCCCUGGAGAAUAUAUUCCAACAGUUUUUGACAAUUACUCAGCUAAUGUCAUGGUGGAUGGCAAACCCAUUAACCUUGGGUUGUGGGAUACAGCCGGCCAAGAAGAUUAUGACCGUCUUCGACCUCUAUCGUACCCGCAAACAGACGUUUUUCUCAGUUGUUUCUCACUUGUAAGCCCUCCCUCCUUUGAAAACAUUCGUACAAAGUGGUAUCCAGAAAUCAGUCAUCAUGCACCUAAUAUUCCGAUUAUUUUGGUGGGCACCAAAUUGGAUUUACGUGAGGAUCGUGAUACAGUUGAAAGAUUGAAACAAAAACGUAUGGCACCUAUAACUUAUCCCCAAGGGUUACAAAUGGCAAAGGAUAUUGGAGCUGUUAAAUACCUUGAAUGCUCUGCACUUACUCAAAAGGGUCUUAAGAACGUGUUUGAUGAAGCUAUUAGGGCUGUUCUGUCACCUCCUGUACGACCAAAAAAGAAGAAGGGUUGUUUGAUCUUGUAGUUUAUUUAAAAACGUCUUAUUCUUAUGUAUACGCAUUUCUUUUUUAUCUACUAUUUGUUUUUACCUAUACCAUAUUUGUAGUAAAGCAAUGCUGAAGUAUGGGUAAAAAAAAAAAGGAGAAAAAAUUAAAAAAAAGGCAAACA